AUGAGUGAACAGGAGCCUUACGAAUGGGCUAAACACCUAUUGGACACCAAGUAUAUCGAAAAAUACAACAUUCAGAACUCAAACACAUUACCUUCACCACCAGGAUUUGAAGGUAAUUCCUCUAAAGGAAAUGUUACAAGAAAACAACAAGAUGCUACAUCUCAAACUACUUCUUUGGCACAAAAAAACCAAAUAACAGUAUUACAAGUACAGAAGGCAUGGCAAAUUGCGUUACAACCAGCCAAAUCUAUUCCGAUGAAUAUUUUUAUGUCGUAUAUGUCCGGUACAUCCUUACAAAUCAUUCCUAUAAUGACUGCCCUCAUGCUACUCUCUGGACCCAUUAAAGCAAUAUUUUCAACAAGGAGUGCAUUCAAACCAGUGUUGGGUAAUAAAGCAACACAAAGUCAAGUGCAAACUGCUAUGUUCAUGUAUAUCGUAUUCCAAGGCGUCUUAAUGUACAUUGGAUACAGGAAACUAAAUUCAAUGGGUCUCAUUCCUAACGCUAAGGGUGAUUGGCUACCCUGGGAACGAAUUGCUCAUUAUAAUAAUGGAUUACAAUGGUUUUCCGAUUGA